AUGGCGUCCUCAAGUGCAGGCCCUCCAAACCCAAUCCCUGACGUUUCCCAAUUCCAAGAGUCUCAGCCCAUCAUUGACGAGGAUUUCAACCCAUACCAUUCUGCACAUAUAGAGGCUGGUGUGAACUGGACUACUGAUAAAGCAGAAUACCCACCAACGCCCUUCCUACCCUACUACCCCCGAAACACAGGCCAAGCAGAGCCAUUUCUCCAUGGCGCUACACGCCACAUGCCUCAGGAUGGCAAGUACCUGGGCUUGGCGUGUCUAUACCUGAUGAGCUGUGUCGCGGUCGUUUGGUGGAUGAUGAUCGGCGGACCGAAGCUAGUCCCACACCAGGAUACGCGCAUCACCAACAUCAUCAUAUCCAUCGCGUCAAAGGGUGCGCUCGGACUCGGACUCUGGAUUGUGACGUUGCGUCUGCGUGUGCAGUGGACGCACAUAUUGGUUUCAGAAGAGCGCGUGCAGCUCCGCUCUUUACUCGCCGCAUGCGGCAAGGAGGGAAGUUUCUCGCGCAUUCGCCACAUCCACACUUCACCCACGCGCGGGAUAGCGCUUACUGCUGCGAUUGGUGCAGUCGUGACUAUUCUCAUGACGUCGACAUCUGCUGGAUUCAAGUAUAUUGUUCUACCGGGAACCGCUAUCCAGGAAUAUUCAGGCCCCGAUUUCGUGUCCAUAUGUAACUAUUCGCUGUUGAAUUCCACUACGGGUUAUUUCUGCACUGGCACCGCCAAUGCUGUGACCGUAAACACAGAAUGGAAUUACAUUGACCUCGUCAGCAGCGGAGAUGGAGGCAAUGUAGUACGCUCCAACAGAACCUCAAGCACCAUGUCUGCAAACGUGACACUCACAUCCGCCCCCGCCAACUUACGCCUUCCCACUAAUCCAACCCCACCAUGGGCGGCGAUCGAUGUGAGUUGUAGAAACGUCGCGCUAUCAUUGUCAGUGCUUGGUAAUGGCUCUUCAACCACCAAUGUCCUGUUCGUCGACAACCGGCAAUUGGACACACUCACAGUCGCUGAAAUGCCAUCGUGGUCUUCUCAGGUGCAGCUGUAUCAACAAGUCAAUGACACAGGACCGGCUAGCAGCCUCUGCCCCUGGUACAUAGUGAUGCUCGCGAGGGACCUGGACGAUGGCGGCGCAAACAUGCAGGGGUUGUCCGGAAGCGCCGUCACCUAUCUUGGCAACUCAUUCCUCGAUCUGCAUGGUUACAGUGCCCCAGUUCUCCAAGGUAUCCUGGGGGCAGCUGCCUACUGCAACUUCUCUGGGUCAACGGGAGGCACCUGGCCUUCUGUAACGUGGCCUGCUCGCACGACGGCCAAUGUCGUGAUAGGCAAGGGACCAUACAACGGUGUCAUCGAUAUCAGCACAGUUUUCUUGAAUUAUGGACCCUCAUGGCAAUACAAUCCCGUUUCCGCCAACUCGCUCCCUGGAGGCUCAGUUUCCUAUAUCGCGAAUGUGACCACAGCGGCGGAUAAUUUCGGGGACUUCAUCGCCAUGUACAUGCGGAACCAGUGGGCGCUGAUGAUGUACACAAAUAAUUUCAUUGGAGGAUUCGUCACCAAUACUCCGUACCGCAUCAAGACACAACCGCAACUGUAUAUCCAGGCGACAAAGAUACUUGUCGCGCCUGCUUUGGCAUUGGGUGUGUGUGUUCUUUGUGCAUUUGUUUGCAUGUCUACAAUGUUGACGUUGGGAGCUCGGUAUGACCUCGUGGAUAUAGCUCCGUGGUGGUUGAUGAAGGCAACUGGUGUGGCUCACGGUAUGGAACUUGGACGCGAAACGAACAAAUUGGCGUUUGAGACUUGGUCUAAUACUGUAGGAUGUGUGUACGAUGGGGUGUCUGAUGCUGGGACUAGACAGUUGAGGGUCACGCCACGUCCGCUGUCUGAGUAG